AUGCCAAUUCGCAGGCGGUCCGCGUACCAACGUCUUGCCAGAGACCAAACAUUGCGAUUUACUGAGGAUGGCACAUUCCAGAUAUCGGUCUUUAAUGACUUGCAUUUUGCUGAAGAUGAUGAAGCAGACAACAAAACCACCGGGGUAAUGAGAUCCGUUCUUUCUUCAGAGAACGUACAGCUCGUGGUACUCAAUGGAGAUUUAAUCUCUGGCGAAGCAACACAAAGCUCCAACUCAAGUCUCUACGUUGAUCGGAUCGUUGAACCACUAGUCGACCGUGGUUUACCAUGGGCAUCGACUUAUGGGAAUCACGAUAGCGAGGUUAAUCUGGAUCCCGAAGAGAUGUUUCGUCAAGAGACGAAAUAUGAAAACAGCUUAACCCAGAGAAGCGUUCUGAGCUCUACUGCCGGCAUCACGAACUACUACCUUCCAAUAUUUCCGCACGAGGGUUCGAAUGAUGAUAGCCCUGCGUUUAUACUGUGGUUCUUUGACAGUCAAGGUGGCCAUUAUGCCUUGACAGAGAAGGAAGAUGGUAAAUCAGGAGCGAGGCAGAAUUGGGUAGAUGACAGCGUUGUUGAAUGGUUUCAAAAAGCCAAUACAAACAUAACCUCUACCUACGGGCAAACAAUCCCAUCUCUAGCCUUCGUCCAUAUCCCAGCCCAUCCAAUGCGCGCAUUCCAGAAAUCAGGCGUUAGCCCAAGCAAGGAACCAGGAAUCAACGGAGAACGAGUUCAGGAACAAGGUUACGACGCCGAGUCUGGCUACCAAUCUCAAGACUUCCCAUUUAUAAGUGCUCUGCUGAACACCACGGGGAUGGGGGCGACUUUCAGUGGCCAUGAUCACGAUAAUGACUGGUGCUUCAAAUGGGAUAGUAAGCUUUCUGGCCUCAAUGUCACGGGAAAUGGUAUGAACAUGUGCUACGGCCGGCAUACGGGAUAUGGAGGGUAUGGGGAUUGGGCGCGUGGUGGAAGGCAGAUUUUGCUGGAUCAGCAGUCGCUUGGGGAUGAAAUGCGGACUUGGAUUCGGAUGGAAGAUGGAUCGAUUUCAGGUGAUGUUCAUCUCAAUGCGACGUAUGGCCAUGAUCGAUAUGGGUUCGCGCAGAGGAGGGUUAUCAACGGGCAAAAUGGUGGUCUUUCUCCUGAAUACUUGGGUGUUCUUUCUUUGUGGAUAUUUGUAUUUUCUGGGCUUAUAUCUGGGUUCCACUUAUAG